CCCCGCAUGGCGUGCUACCUGGUCAUCAGCUCCCGGCACCUCAGCAACGGCCACUACCGCGGCAUCAAGGGCGUCUUCAGGGGACCGCUCCGCAAGAAGGGCGCCCGCUCGCCGGACUAUGCUGAGAAGGAGAAAGCUGCAGCCAAGGCUCUGGAGGAUGUGAAGGCUAACUUCUACUGUGAACUGUGUGACAAGCAGUACCACAAACACCAAGAAUUUGACAACCACAUCAAUUCUUAUGACCAUGCUCACAAGCAGAGAUUGAAAGAUUUGAAACAAAGGGAAUUUGCUCGAAAUGUGGCUUCAAAGUCAUGGAAAGAUGAGAAGAAACAGGAAAAAGCACUCAAGCGGCUCCACCAGCUCGCAGAGUUACGGAAACAAUCAGAAUGCAUCACUGGAAGUGGACCAAUGCUUAAAGCCCCCAGAUUAGUCAUGGAAAAGCAGCAGUCACCAGAUGGAGUCUUCCUAUACAAGGGUGGCACAGUCACAGCUGGUCCUCAAAGCACCACUGCAAGUGAAGGACAAGGUUUCUCCAGCAGUAUACUAGAGAAACAGCAGCUUAUCAUAAGCAGGCACCAUUCACCUACUGAAAGGCGCCAUGUGCUUCGAAAUCAAGUCUCACAUGUGUUCCCAGAUAGCACCAAUGCUUCUCAAAGAGCAGGGGUGUCUUUCUCAUUUUCUAAAAAAGCCCCUUUGAAGCUUGAGUCCUCAGCAUCAGUCUUUAGUGAGAACUCUGAAGAAGGAAAUGAUUGUAGUGAAUCUCCCAACCAUAAAACAAAGCAAGCUCUUGAGGGCUGUCGUUCUGGCACAUUUUUGGAAGAGGAUAUAAAAACAGGCCUGGAGAAAGGGCCAUCUAUUCCACAAGACCAAAUGGAUAACAGUGCACCAAGUCAUGGAGCUGUGAAACUUAAAAUGCUAAAAGAAAAUGAUAAAAGUGCUGAUAGAGAAAUAGAAGAAAAGGUCGGUGUUCAUCCUUCAUUUUCCAAAAUCAAAAUACAGCUUUCAAAUUUGGAUUUUUCAGGUUCACUUAGAGAAACAGAUCAAGAGAGUAAACUGAAUGAGUCUGAGCAAUUGUUGGAAACUCUCAUUUCACCUUCACGCCAAGCUAACAGUUUUUGUAUACAGCCAAACACCUCCAAGCACAGCAAUGCCCAACUGUCUGACCAGUUACCUGAGCUCCCACAACAGCAGCCAGUGCCUGAGCUGACAUUUUCAAGCAACGUUAAUGACAGUCCUGGGGUGGUAAAGAGAGAAAAAUCUUUGGAGGUUUCAGAAACCACAAAUGGAAAUACAGAAUUGCAUUCUAGAGAGACUGUGGUUAAAGAGGCUAAGCCCCAGGAAUUGCCUUUUCUCCACGUAGUGAGCAAAGAUGGCAGCACUGCUCUGCAGUGGCCCACAGAAUUACUUUUGUUUACAAAAACUGAGCCCUGUAUUUCAUACGGCUGUAAUCCAUUGUAUUUUGACUUCAGACUCUCUUUAAAUCACAGAGAUGGUAAACAGCAUGAAACAAACAAAGAAGGCUGUAAAGAGUACUCUAUAAAUAAGACUGCAGAUGAAAAUGAAGCCUCAGGUUUAAUAAAACAUAAGCAAAUGUCAAAUGAACAAGAUAAUCAGUUGUUGAAACCAAAGAAGAUGAAAGGUUCCCUAAAUCCAAGAAAGGCCAAGCAAAAAGCUGAGUCAGACAUAGGGAAAGAAAUAAACAAAAAUGGUCAAAAGUAUAUUUCAGAUUAUUUGAAUGAAAAUAUACCCAAAGUGCCUGCUUACCUUGAUGUCUCAGAAAAGGAUUAUAUGACAGAAAAAGGUCUUCAUACAACACCACAGAAAAGAUCUUUAAAGCAUCAUUUCCAUAGCUGUGAAAGAAAAAAACAGAGCAUUAGAAAUGAAAGCAUUUCCUUUUCUGCUUUUAUGUCUAGGAUUAAAAAGACUAAAGCUGCAAAAUGUCAUUUAAUUUAUUCUGAAGAAAAUCACGAAAACCAAAAUGACUGCAGAUCCAUUCAAGAUGUGGCCAGCUGCAGCAGUGACAUAAGUGACAGUGGAAAAGAUUCUAGUGGAAGUUUCCUUAGUUAUAAAUCUGGUUCGAACAGCAGGUAUUCAGAAAAUGAAGAAAGUGGAAGUUUUACAAGAUGCUGGAGAUUUCCAUCUCCUCAAAAGUCCUCCUCUGACAGACAUUCCAGCUAUUCUGACACUUCGGUUAGCAGUACAAGUACUUAUAUGAGCAGUUCCUCUAGUCCCACAUCAAAUAAUCACAGCAGAAAUCAUUUGUUUUUUUGUUGCAAAAGGAAAAGCAAGACAGCUGAAAGGCACAAAUGUAAACACAGAAAGCACAACUGUAUUUUUACUUCUGAUGAUGCAUAUGAUAAUUAUCUUUGCCAUGUUAGAAGUCACAGAAGUAGAAAUUGCACACAGAGGGGCACACUUAAAUAUCAAAGAUGUUCAAGACAUAAAGUUUUACACCGCAGAGAUAGAUCUAAACACAGCAAAUGUAGACACCAGCAUUUUGGCAGAGUGCACAGUAGAAGUAGAAGCUACAAUGGCUCCAAAAGUUCUUCCACCACAGAAUCAAGAAGCAGCGAGAGCUCAUCUAGCAGCAGAAUAUCAAGAGGUAGUAGCGCAGGGUUCUUCCCAAAAGAGACUGAUAACUGUGAGAAUAAAACAAAAGAGGACGCAGAAAGAGAUUCUAACACGAAAAGAGGAAAUGAUGGAACUACACAUUAUGAAUUUCUGAAUGUAAACAGCCAGACAAAAAACUUUGAUACCCGCUCUUCUGAAACCUUGGAAAAAGACAUAUGUGGAAAAAGAAAGUCACUGACAGCCAAGUUAUUGUUGGAAAGAGUGCAGUCCAAGAAAACCCAAGAACAAAUGCGUGAUUCAGAGAGAUUUUCAAACAUUUGUGGUAUGGAAUUAAAGGAUCUUUCACGAAGUCACUUUGCAGUUCAGUUUUCAUCAUCGGUAGCUGACACGGCAAUGUUACCUUUGCCAGAGAAACUGCUAAGCACAGGUAAAAAUGACAUAGGUCAAAAUGAAAGUCCAUUGGAAUGCAGUGUGAAAAGAAACAAAUCUGAAGCUUCAGAGAUAACCAAUGUUGCUUGUUCAACGGGGACUGAUUAUGAUCAUUGUCUUUUUAAAGACAUCAUUCAAAUAGGAACAGGCUAUCAGAGCCCGAGCGUAAAAAGGAGCACAGCAAUAAAGGAAAAAUCCAAUCUCUUCAUUAAUGAAGUUCAACCCUUUAUACAAAGCUGUGACCCAGUACCAAAUGAUUUCCCUGGUGCUUUUUCCUCUAAAAGAUAUUCUGUUGUUGCUAAUUCAACAGAGACCAAAGAAGAACUACAUGAUGUAAACAUGGACUCUAACCAGGCAGAAGGCAGUUCAGACUCUCUUUGUGAUAAUGCUAUGCAGAACUACAAUGACACAGUAAAUGAACUGGAAGUGUACACUAAAUCCAUCUCCCCUCCUUUCACACAGCAGCCUAUAACAUUCUCACCAGAAGAAGUAGACAAAUACAGGUUGCUGCAGCUGCAAGCCCAGCAGCAUAUGCAGAAACAACUUCUGUCAAAACACCUGAAAGUUUUGCCUGCCCCAGGACCAGCUGCCUUCUCUGCAACACCAGCAGUUCCCACCAUCCCUGUUCAGCAGCAUGCUACUGUCACCACCAUCCACCAUACACUGUUGCAACGCUUUGCUGUUUCAGCAUCUGUACAUCCCCAUGGUGGCCAUCUCUCCCUGGCACACCUCCAUCCCCUCUCUCAGGCACAUUUCACCCCUAUAUCACUUUCUCCGUUAGCACCAGCCCUCAUUCCUGCCCACCCUGCUCUGCUGGCAGGACACCCGUUGCACUUGGUCUCCACCACCCCUACUCACCCUUCCCCACUGAACUUCCCCAUACUGCCACAUGCUGCUUACAUCCCAGCCUUAUUUACACCACACAUGAAUGCAGCCACACCUCCUGCUAUACACCCAAAUCCCAUUGUUCAUCCGUUAUUCCAAGGUCAAGAUCCCCAUCAUCAUUCUUGCUCUAGCCAGACCCAACAGUUACCUACAAUAAAAGAAAUUUUUGGUGUUUCUAGUUAUUUAAACUAGCCCAAACAAUUGCACCAUGGCUCCAGAAACAAAUUUAAAGAAAAAAGAUAUCCAGUGUUCAAUCAUGUAUCUGAGGGAAAAUCUACUGUUUUACUGUACACAAUGGCAAAUAUUUUAAAGUACAAGUGUUUUCUGGCUGCAUAUGAAUGUUGAUUUGUUUCUCAUAUCACAGUAUAAAAGCAGUUAUAAAGCCUUUCCUGAUACCAUCUCAAGAAAUACAAGGUCCAGCUAAUGUCAUUCUGCAGAAAGUUUAGAAAGAAUACACUGAAGUGAAGCCUGUGAGUGUCAGUAGGACCACAUCAACCAGGCAGAACAGGACAAAGAACAUCAACAAUGACAGGUGAUUUUCAAGCAAUACAAUUUAAGGUAGUACAAUCUUGACACAUCUCAAAGGCUUGCUUUUAUGAACAUGUAAACGGAAUGGUGUAAUGCUUGAUCUGUUUAAGGCCUUUCAGAAUGAGCCAAAAAAAUAGAACUUGGGACCACGUGUACCUGGUUCUCUUUCCCAGUCAUAAUUUGGAGAGUCUCAUAAUGGCAGGUGAUGAGUUAACAUUGGAGGAACAGGGUCAUCACAACAUCUCAAAGUUACUUUAGUGAUCUUAUUGCUGGGAUAUAAUACUUGGACUGUAGUCUGGCCACAAACACAUAACAAAAAUAUUUCCUUAGUGUAGGGGGUUCUUUGCUGGCACAGACUGAUAAUUUUCUCCCUAGCCAGGCUUCCAAGAAGGCAGGAGAGGGAAAAUGAUGAAACCAAGUUCUCUGGCAUUGCUUGCUGUGGCUGUUGCACAAGGUAUGUCAGGUUUGGGAGCAGCAGCCCAGAAUUUCAAUUCAGAUAGUGUUGGCCUUGAACCUUGGACGUCACUGGCCCACAAGGUAAUUCUUUCUUGCCAACAAAGCAUUGACGUGCUGGAGAGAGUCUUGCCCAAAGUACAUGUAAAUAUAUUUCACCCCUUUCACAGAUAACAUUGUCUGGUUUUACAACAUCACAAUGAAAUUCAUAAAAAUACAGAAAUAAAAUUUUGAGCAGAAACUGGUUUUCCAGGUCAAGUCUCAUGAACAAGCAUGUCACAGUUCUCAUAAGAACAAGGUAUACUGAAUCUAAGCAAACAUGCCAAGUUUCUAGCAUGGCUUCCCAAAUUUUGAAUUUGCAAACUGAAGGCUUGCUUGCAUCUAACCUUCAGGGUAAUGCGUAGUUGAAAUCUCUUUGAAUGGCAUACUUUGGAUAUUUUUAUAAUGUUACUAAAAUAACAUGGGAUAUUUAGCAAGAAAUUAAGAUCAUAAUUGUGGCUAGACUAUGGACCUGCCUCCCAAUAUAAUUGGACGUUGAAGUGUCUGACAGACAAUACCUGUUUAUUUGGAUUUGAAACAUCUGAAAUAAUUUCAAUUCAUUUGCAAUGAUGUAAUGAACAAUUACUAAUAGAUUUCAGAAUUGAUAUAAACCACAUUGUAAAUGUUUGGAAGAUUUUAUUCCAUUACAUUCAGCUAUCUGAAGAAGCUGAGAAUUGCAAUUAGGCUCAGUAUUUAAAAUACAACUUAGGACCAAUUUUCUGACUUAGUUUUAAUCAAACUAAAUUGAUCCAUUGCAGUAAAAUAGAAGUGUUUUAAUUUCUAAAAGCAGCUGCUUCAGCAUAAACUGGUAUUAUGCCAAAUUUUUUGAAUGUGUUUACAAAUUGCAAUAGCUUGCUUUGUAGUUGAUUUUCAAAGUCAAAAUUUCUUUGGUUGCUUAACAUUUUAGCCAUCAAAGAAAAACUGUUAGAAAAAAAAUCUGGAGACUAAAUAGAAGCAAAAUAUUUUGUAAUGAAAAAUAGGCUGGUGAAACCAGAUCCUAUCAAAUGUGUUUUGGUUGCAUUCCCAGCUGAUUUAUUCAUUUAAUUAGCAAAAUUGGUUCAUGAUAAUUUGGAGUUACUUAUCUUUAUGGUUUAAUUUUUCUUAUUUUAAUUGUCGGGAUUUUUUUAAAUUUAAAAUUAUUGUUUCAUAAUUAAGAAAGUCAGAUAUGUGUUGUUUUGUUUUGUUUUGUUUUGUUUUAGCAUAAAAAAUACAUAUCGCCACGGUUUUAAAAUUCUACUUUUUAUUUUUUGCUGAAAAUCUGAAUUUACAUAUUAUUUACAUACUUUUGAAAUCUGUUUUCUGUUAAUCAAAUAUAGCUCACUGAAUACAACUUAUCAGCUCUGAAAAUUAGUACUCAGAAUGAAUUCAUUCAUCUCAGAGUGAAUUCAUACUCUCAGAGGAUCAUUUGGAAAAAAUAGUUAUAAUUCUGUAGAAACAGUGUAGAACACAGUCAACCUGUCUUCUAGAAGAAGCUGACUGAACUGAACAGCCCCUACCACCAGUUCAGGGCUAAUACCAACCUCAAAGAUGCAUUUCAAACCACAAAAAAAUAAUAAUAAAUAAUAAUAAAAAUAAAAAAAAAAAAAAAGCCAAUUUGCUGGCACAAUUUCUCUCCCAUUCAAGAUAAAGUGACAUUUUUUAUUGUCUGUACUAGUACGUUUGGAUCAUAAAUGGUUAACACUGAGAGGAAAAAAGUGAUAAAGAAAUCAGACUGUUCUCAUAUUUAAUACAUAUUUUUCAUUAUUUUUUCUUGCAGAUAACAUUAAUAUUGUAGAAAUUCCUACAGCAAAAAGCUCAUCAAAUGAAACUUAACAACAUCCUAAUAAGUAGAUCAUUUAUGGGAAGCAUACACAUUACCCUUAAUGUAUGUAAAAUACAAUGGGAUUCUAGGACAGAAACAAAUCAUAGGAUAUCUACUCAUCAUUAUGUAUACCAGCAAGGAUGAUCUGGUAAGGCAAAUGAAUAGACAAUAAAAAUUGAAUUUAAUUCAUGGAACAAUAGGAAUUAGGAUUUUGAUAGGUGUAGAGGGGAAAAAAAAAAAAAAAAA